AUGGCUUCAGUAGCAAAGAGCAUCCGCCCCUUUGUCCGCCCCUCUACCCUCCAGUCACCGCUCCGCCAGCGAGUCGUCUCAAGACCAUGCUGGCGAAGUCUCUCAUCCUCGCAGCCUCGCAGGCAGACAACAACCGGCGAACCCCAUGACCUCACUGGCGCCAUCCCCACCCCCAUUUCGCACAUGUCCGAGACCGAAGUCAUGAUGGCCGAGUCCGUGUCCAAAUUCGCCAACGAUGUCAUCCUGCCCAAAGUCCGCAGCAUGGACGAGAACGAAAAGAUGGACCAAGACAUCAUCGAGCAGUGCUUUGAGCAGGGUCUCAUGGGCAUUGAAAUCCCCGAAGAGUUUGGUGGCGCCGGCAUGAACUUCACCGCUGCUAUUGUGGGCAUUGAGGAGUUGGCGAGAGUGGACCCCAGUGUGAGUGUCAUGGUUGAUGUGCAUAACACUUUGGUCAACACUACGUUGCUCAAGUACGGUACCAAUGAGAGCAAGCGUAAGUGGCUGCCUCAGUUGGCCACCAACACUGUCGGUAGGUCUUUCCACUCUUCUACAACACUCUCCUCCACAAGCUCAUAUGCUCAACANGGCUCCUUCUGCCUCUCCGAACCCGUCUCAGGCUCCGACGCCUUCGCCCUCAAGACCCGUGCCGAAAAGACGGCCGACGGCUACCGCAUCAACGGCUCCAAAAUGUGGAUCACAAACUCUCUAGAAGCAGGCUUCUUCAUCGUCUUUGCCAACCUCGACCCCUCAAAGGGCUACAAGGGCAUCACAGCCUUCAUCGUCGACAAGGACACCCCCGGCUUCAGCAUCGCCAAAAGNGAAAAGAAACUCGGCAUCAAGGCCUCCUCCACCUGCGUCGUCAACUUUGACGACUGCGACAUCCCCAAGGGAAAUUUGCUGGGUGAAGAGGGACAAGGCUAUAAAUACGCCAUUGGCAUUCUCAACGAAGGUCGCAUUGGCAUUGCCGCUCAAAUGACUGGAUUGGCUAUGGGUGCCUUUUCCAAUGCUGCCUCGUAUGUCUGGAACGACAGAAAGCAGUUUGGCACCCUCGUCGGCGAGUUCCAGGGUAUGCAGCACCAGCUCGCGCAAGCGUGGACAGAGAUAUGCGCCGCGCGCGCCAUGGUCUACAAUGCCGCGCGCAANAAGGAGGCUGGCGAGGACUUUGUCAUGGAUGCUGCCAUGGCCAAGUUGUACGCCUCUCAAGUUGCGGGCAGAGUGUCUGGACAGGCGAUAGAGUGGAUGGGCGGCAUGGGUUUCGUCAGAGAGGGACUAGCGGAGAAGUACUGGAGAGACAGCAAGAUUGGUGCUAUUUACGAGGGCACGAGCAAUAUUCAGCUCACCACCAUUGCCAAGUUGUUACAGAAGGAGUAUACCAAGUAA